CCGGGCGAGCUGUGAGGCCGGGGCGGCAGCGGCGCGAUAUGAGGUGGUGGUGAUUGGUGGGGGCCACGCGGGGACGGAGGCGGCGGCGGCGGCCGCUCGCGGUGGGGCCCGCACGCUGCUGCUCACGCACAGGAUCGGCACCGUCGGUACCGCCGGGGCGCGGGGAGGGACCGAGGGGCGGUGGCGGCGAAUCGCAGCGUGUUCCAACCCCCCUGCUAUGGACAGGGACACCUCCCACAGCCCAGGCUGCCCAAGGCCCCAUCCAACUUGGCCUUGAACACCUCCAGGGAUGGGGCAGCCACAACUUCCCUGGGCAACCUGUGCCUCACCGCCGUCGGCGUGAAGAGUUUAUUCUAAUAUCUAAUCUAAAUCUUUCCUCCUCCAAUUUAUAGCCAUUCUCCCCCGUUCUUUCCCCUUUCCAAUCUAAAGCCACUCCUCCUUGUCGUGUCACUCCAUGCCCUUGUAAAAAGUCCCUCCCCAGCUAUGCUGGCUCUCAUAUGCUGGCUGUGAAAUACUAGAAACCGCCAACUCAGUGUUGCAAAUCUGCCAGAAACGGAGGUGGGGUGCGAGGGAGAGAGCAGGAAUUUCGGGAAGCGUUACACUGGAAUAGCCAACAGCAUUAUUUGUCUUAAAAAAAAAACCAAACAACCAUUUUCUUUUUUUCUUGUACCAUUGGAGAAACAAAGUUGACUCUGCUCAGAAAAUUUUGGCACAAAAAUACAAACCAAGGCAGACACACCUCAAGCAAAGUUGUAUCUGAAGUGCAGAUGUAUUAAAGAGAGUCACUUAAGCAUCCACAGCUUCCCUGGGCAACCUGUGUCAGUGUCUCACCCCCUCAUCAUGAAGAAUUUCUUCCUAAUGUCUAAUCUAAAUCUUCCCCCUUCCAAUUUAAAGCCAUUCCUCCUCAUCCUAUCACUGCGUGCCCUUGGUGGAUGUCAUGCAGUCUGAAUUGUUUUAAACAAAUCUUGAAAUUUAAUCUCAAGUAUUAAUGAUACUUUAAUGAAGACUUUGCUAUGGUUAAAUGUACUGAAGGUGAGACAGCCUUGGAAGCAGAAUCACAGAAGGGCUGAGGUUGAAGGGACCUCUGGAGGUGAUUCUUGUCCAACCCCCUGUUCAAGUAGGGGCAACAGAAGCCAGUUGCCUAGGACUGUGCCCAAGUGGCUUCUGAAUAUCCCCCUGGAGACUCCACAGCCUCCCAGGGGAACCUGUGCCCUAAAUCUUCCCCCUCCCAAGUUAAAGCUAUUCCCCUUCAUCCUGUCACUUCUCCCCUGCACUCCCCUGGUUGCCUUCAUAGAAUCAGAAUGGUUUGGGUUGGAGGGGACCUUCAAGAUCAUCCAGUUCCAACCACCCUGUGGUGGGCAGGGACACCUCUCAAAACAAGCUCUGUGCUCCAGGUGAAUGGUGUCCCUGUGUCCUUUUCCUAGGGGAGAUGUCCUGCAACCCCUCCUUCGGUGGCAUCGGGAAGGGGCACCUCAUGAGAGAGGUGGAUGCACUGGAUGGACUGUGUGGCCGUGUGUGCGACCGCUCCGGCGUGCACUACAAGGUGCUGAACCGCAGCAAGGGCCCAGCUGUGUGGGGGCUCCGCGCCCAGAUCGACCGGCAGCGCUACAAGGAGAAUAUGCAGAAAGAAAUCCUUAACACACCACUGUUGACAGUUCGUGAGGCAUCUGUGGAGGAUCUUCUCUUGACAGAGCCAGAACCAGAUCGUCCUGGGAAGUGCCAAGUCACGGGAGUCGUUCUGGGAGAUGGGAGCACAGUACACGCUGGUAGUGUCAUCCUGACCACUGGGACGUUUCUGAGGGGGAUGAUAUUUCUCGGACUGGAGACGCACCCAGCUGGGCGACUAGGAGACCAGCCAGCCAUUGGGCUGGCACAGACUCUGGAGAAACUGGGAUUUGCUGUGGGCAGGCUGAAGACUGGGACACCACCCCGACUUGCCAAAGAUACAGUUGACUUCAGUGGUCUGGAAGAACGUGCAGCUGACAAUCCUCCAGUGCCAUUCAGCUUCCUCAGCGAGGCUGUGUGGAUCAAGCCAGAAGAUCAGCUGUCGUGUUACCUGACUCGCACUACCUUGAAAGCCCAGCAAAUUAUCCGUGAUAACCUCCACCUGAACAACCAUAUAAAGGAGACAACACGGGGCCCACGGUACUGUCCCUCUCUUGAGUCAAAGGUUCUGCGCUUCCCAAACCGAGAACAUCAGGUGUGGCUGGAGCCUGAAGGCUUGGAGUCCAAUGUCAUUUACCCCCAAGGCAUGUCAAUGACGCUGCCACCUGAGCUCCAGGAGCAGGUGAUCAAAUCCAUCCCAGGCUUGGAAAAAGCUAAGAUAUUACAGCCAGGCUAUGGGGUGCAAUAUGAUUUUUUAGAUCCCCGCCAACUGACGGCUUCUCUCGAGUCUCGUCUUGUUCAGCGCCUCUUCUUUGCAGGCCAGGUAAAUGGCACUACAGGCUAUGAGGAAGCUGCAGCUCAGGGCGUGAUUGCUGGGAUCAAUGCUUGUCUACGGGUUCAUGGCAAGCCCUCUUUCAUUGUCAGCCGCACUGAAGGCUACAUUGGUGUCCUGAUUGAUGACCUGACCACUCUGGGCACCAGUGAGCCAUACCGGAUGUUCACCAGUCGUGUGGAGUUCCGCAUGUCCCUCCGACCUGACAAUGCUGAUGCUAGGCUCACCCACAGAGGUUUUCAGGAAGCUGGGUGUGUGUCACAGCAGCGGUACGAACAAGCAGUUAAGAUGAGGGCUGCUUUAGAGGAUGGAAUUGCAACACUAAAAUCCCUUCAGUUCAGCCUAUCCAAAUGGUCUCAGUUAAUACCAGAAGUUCCCAUCAGUAGCAGUCGAAGAUCGCCUGUCAGUGCCUUUGACAUCCUUCGAUAUCCAGAGGCCAACAUGGAGCUUCUGGCAAGGUCUUUCCCAGAGCCCCUGGGAAAGCUUGCUCAAUGGAAAGAACUGGCAGAGAGAUUGAAAAUAGAAGCUGCUUACGAGUGGUGUGUACUCAAUCAACAGCAGGAAAUAGAAGAAGUGCGUCGUGAUGAAGCCCUUCAAUUGCCAGAGGAUCUAGAUUACUUUGCCAUUGAUGCAUCACUCUCAGCAGAGGUGCGGGAGAAACUGGACUCUAAUCGUCCCCAGACGAUUGGUGCACUCAGCCGCAUCCCUGGAAUUACACCAGCUGCUAUUGUUAACUUGCUAAGAUUUGUGAAAACCAAUCACCAGAAGAAGGAGGAGCUAAAAGCUUUACCUCUGACUCGCCAGUAUUUACCAGGGAAGGUGUACACAGGGAAAACAACUUCCCAAAGACAGAUUUCAGCAGAGCUUUCUGAAGAGGAGCCGGAGAACACCUUUGUUAAAACACCUUUGUAGAGAAGUGUACCCCUCCUGCCAGAGCACAUGGCAAGAUUGCCUGGGCUCACAAGCCUCUUCACAGAAAACUGAUGCUCACUGAAUUCAAAAUGGUUCUAGGUGUGUCCUGUGGCUGUGUCUUCGAGUAGAACAAAAAUGACAAAUGCGAAACCUUAAGCAAAUGCUGAGGAACCUGAGUACAGCCUGUGGUGUUGCCAGUCCAAAUGAAAAGACAGGGGAAUUGCUUUUAAAAUUGCAUUCAUUUGGAAGAUGUCAGAUAUUCAAAAUCUGUUCCAAAGAACCUUUGAAAGGACAGUGUUUUGUUCUUGUGAAGUGAGUACAAAAUGUUACCUAGCUGAACCCAUGGCAGCGCAGAAGGAUUUGAGCUGGAAAGUGUGCUCCGUUGACUUUAGUCCUUGUUUGUAGCUGUGCGGUGACUAUGCACAGUCUGGUAUUUUAAUGUGAUGUCAACCAAUAGGAGACGCUUGGUUAUGAACAUGUGUGCCAUAUGAAUAUUUAUACUUAUGUAGGAGACCUGUCAAAUGUAAAUACUGUAUCCUGGGCUUUUUUUGUCUGCUGUAAAAUAAAGCUUGCCUUGA